AUUUAGUUGGAAGGAGACGAAAACGACAGAUUUUGCGCAAUUUGUUUGACAGUACAUAGAGCAGAUGGUCUCAAACUGGCGGCCCGCGGGCCAUUUGCCGCCCCCCGAGGUGAUAUUUUUUGGCCCGCACCUUACUACGAAAGUUAAACGAUAUUGCGGCCCCGCAGUUUUACAUGAAUGGAACUUUUACAGUGUUAUGUGCGGAGCCGCAGUGGGGUUGCGGUGACAGCGACCGGGCUUUUUGCAAGCAGAGAAACAUUUUUCAUUCUAUACACUUUCAAACUCUUCCGUGUAAAUGUCGACAACUUACUCACCAGAUACGCGUGCAUAUCCAGUUGUCCAAGACAAGCGGAAGCCAAUUAACAGUCCACUUUCUUAUCGGCGCAAACAUCAACUUCGGCAUGAAAUACGGGUCCCCGAUGCCGAGUUGAUCUCAUUUUUCAUUUAUUUUCACCUUCUAAAUGUCUGACAAGACUCUGGGUGUCGUGCUACAAGACAUAUUUUUGUGUCAACCGACUUCGCAUUGCUUGACCGGCAAUAUGGCGACGUAAACAAAAGUCACGUGAUUUUAUGACGUGGGUGCACGAGCUGUAUAAAGCCAGCGUGUCCUUCCUCAAGUCCGCAGUUACCAGCGUCCACUGCGCGGUGUGCGUGCAUGCGAUUGGCCAAAUGCGCACUCACUUGACUCGACUCGACUCGACUCGACUUCCUCAUUCUUCUUCCCCGUAAAUUCUCUCCCUUUUGACUGACUCCUCCGUGAGCGUUCAGGCUUGAAAAUGCGACCGUGCUCUUUUUUGCCUGUCCUUCUUGUCUGUGGAUGUUUGAGUUCUUGCCAGGGCGAGCUGAGUCAACACCAGCGAAGGUUUGGGAAUGACAGACCUGUCAUUGGUAUUUUGACUCAGAUUGUUUCAGACGAAGUGAUGAAACAAUACGGGAGCACGUACAUCCCGGCCUCCUACGUCAAGUACAUCGAGUCGGCCGGCAGCCGAGUGAUGCCCAUCAGGCUGACUCUUACCACGACAGAGUAUGAAAACAUCUUUAGCAGGAUAAAUGGCCUCCUGCUCAUCGGUGGAGCCUCCAAUCUCGAGACUUCCGACUUCGCCAGAGUCUCAAAUAUUUUUUUCCAGCUUGCCCUCAAGGCGAACGAGGCCGGAGACCACUUCCCGGUGUGGGGGACGUGCUUGGGCAUGCAGCUGCUCACCGUGCUGGUGUCGGGCCACAAUCUGUUGACCGGAGCCGAGGCCGACAACGUGGCCUUGCCGCUCAACCUGACGGCAGCUGCCUUCUCUAGUCACAUGUUUGGGGGCUUCCCUCAGGAGCUGAUGCGGGCUUUGCAGAAAGAACCUCUGACCGGUCAUUUCCACCACUACGGACUCGCCGAGAAAGCCUUCAAACAAAACGUUGAGCUCCAGGAUUUUUUCUCCCUGAUUUCUACCAACGUUGGUAAAAAUGGAGUAACCUUCGUCUCAACCAUCGAAGGCAAGCGAUAUCCCUUCUAUGGCGUGCAGUGGCACCCGGAGGUCAACCGUUUUCAGUGGGACGGCACCAAGAGCUUUCCCCACUCGCCUCGCGCCGUCCAGCUGUCGUCACUCCUGGCCCAGUUUUUUGUAAAUGAAGGGAGGAGAAGUUUGCAUAUCUUUGAUGACCCAACAAAGGAGGUCUUGACACUGAUUUACAAGUACACACCCGUUUUUGCGGAAAGCUUCAGCGGAUAUGAGCAGAUCUAUUUCUUCUGAAAGGCUGUCCUGAAAAAAAAAAGGUCGUAAAGUACACGUCGCAAUGCAGACGACUCGCCAUCAAACAAGCUGUACGCUGCUUUUUUUUUUUUGUUUGUUUUUUCUAUGUAUUACACUUCACGCUCAGACAUACUGUGUGUACUGAAAUUAUUCCAAAUCAAGAGCGGGGAAUCUUUCCUUUUUGUUUUUUUUUAUAGUCAAUUUAUGAAAAAAUAUAAUGCAAUGAUCCAAUUGUGCAUCCUUGCGAAAUGUGUGUAUUUUUGGGGUCUACAACCCGAGGCACCGAAACCCACUCAUAAGGUCGCUGGAAUGUUGACAGGAGGACCCCCCCAAAAAAAAUCUGAAAAAUGAGUUAUUGUGCAUUGUACUCACGAGCAAAAAUUGAUUUUGCAUCCCACGAAAGAACAAAACCAAAUAAAAACCCACGUUAUUGUUU